AGGUAAGAAACCGGUGUGGAGAAAGCUACCAUAGACUUCACAAUGUAUAAACAGUCGCUGCUGGAAUUAACGUGUUUAGUGAAAGUCGAGGACUUCGAGGCUUCCAAACUACUUAAAAUCCAGACGGAGACUGCACACGUUGGUCGUAUGUAUCAAUUUAAAACACCCGCACCGGUAACGUUAGCUAAAUUGUCGGUUGGAAAGCACUGGUUUGAAUCUUGGCUAGCUAACGUUAACAGGAUAGCUAGCUAAUGUUACACAUCAGUGGCUCCUUGUUGCCCUUAGAAAUUAACCACGGUCUAACGUUAGAAAUAUGAUUAAGUGUUUGUCAAAAGAAGUUCAAGGUAAGCUUCGGUCUGGAAUCGCAAUAUUUUCAUUACAGCAGUGUCUUGAAGAAAUGAUUCUGAACAGUAUUGAUGCUAGUGCAACAUGCGUGGGUGUGAGGGUGGACAUCGAAGCCUUCAAAGUGCAGGUUAUAGACAAUGGCUCAGGGAUGGACAUAGAGGAUAUGAAGUCUGUAGGAAACAGAUACUUCACAAGCAAAUGCAGUUCUUUAGAGGACCUAGAUCAUCUCAAAUACUAUGGAUUCAGAGGAGAAGCUAUUGCCAGUAUUGCUAAUCUCGCUAUGCUGGUGGAGAUAUCAUCCAGGACCAAAAUGUCUGUGAAGACUCAUGUAAAAGUCUUCAAGGAUGGUAAAGGCUUGGAUGUGUUUGAGGCUGAGACUACCCGCCCAUCUGCAGGGACGACUGUUGUUAUUUGUAACUUCUUCCACAACAUGCCAGUGAGGAGAAACAGGAUGGAUAGCGUGCUGGAGUUUGAACGGAUCAGGCAAAGAGUGGAGGCCAUUUCACUCAUUCACCCCUCUGUCUCUUUCACGCUGAAGAAUGACUGCACAGGGACCAUGGUGGUACAGCUCUCCAAAGCCCGAAACACUUACUACAGGUUUGUUCAGAUCCAUGGUUUAGGUAGGGCCCAAAAGCUUGGGGAAAUCAGCCACUCCCAUGCACAGUUUGAAGUAAGUGGUUAUGUAGGACGAGAAGGCCACUACAACAACACCUUACAGUUCCUCUAUGUGAAUGACAGGCUCCUUCUCAAAACCCGCAUCCACAAGCUGCUGAACCUUCUCCUGCGCAAAGUAGGCAGUUCAAGUCGGCAGAAUGACAUCCCCGGUACACCUCCUGCCAUUAGGAGCCCAAAGCAGAGAAGAGGAGCCGAGCUACAUGCAAUGUAUGUCAUCAAUAUCAUGUGCCACUACUCUGAGUAUGACAUAUGCCUUGAGCCUGCCAAGACACUGAUUGAAUUCAAAGACUGGGAAAGUAUUCUGUUCUGCAUAGAAGAGGCGGUGAAAGCAUUCCUGACAAGAGAGAACUUGGUGAGUGAAAUCUCCCCAGAGGAUAUCCAGGACUACAUUUGUAAGAAUGUGUUUAGUGGCCAAACAGCUAGCACAGACGGAGUUAAGGACUCCAUUGGCAAAGGUGUCCAAACACACAUGGAGGGUGUUACCCUGGAAUGUAAUGUUGGAAGGACCCUUGCAUCAGAACCUGUUCAUCGACGGCACACAGAAGACGCUGACAAGAUGAAAAGUGUUUGUCAGACAUGUGAUGGAGUUGAAUCAGAGCAGGGUGACAGAGUAGGAAAACUAAGGGACAAGGAGGUCCUUAAGGGUUUUGAACAAGAGCAUAAUACCACAAAUCCACAAUGUCGACCAAGCUCAGUAGAUACAGACCAAGGUCUACAGUAUGAUUCAAUUACAGAUUCAUCAGUUAUGGAUUCAGAGUCUUACAAGGAAGUUACGAAAGAGAAUGAAAGCAAUGCACAUCUGAAAUCUGCUCUUUCUUGUCCUGAGUCAUCUCCGCAAAGUCUUAUCUUUAAGACAAAGGGAGAAAAUCUGAAAAUGAGUAUAGAAGAAGGAACAGAGAUGAAGGAUAAUGCAAGAGAGCAUGUAUCCCUCUCAAGAUGCACUGUGAGAGCACCAUGUUCUCUCACUCAGGGAAUCCAGUCAGAGAUGGGCUCUAUCAAACAGACACUACCUCAACCACAGGACACAGAACUGAAUCCAGGUGGACACAGAAAGAUCUUUCUAUCACAUCCAUACAUUCAUAGCAGUUUACCCUCUCAGAAAUGUCUCUCCCACCAGAGUAGACAAGAGCUAGCGUUAGAAUCUAGAGAGAAACUUGCAACAAAACGAAAAUGGUCUAUGGCGGAGGGCCCAGGUCAUCUUCACGUGUACCACAGAGAAAGUAAGGACUUUCCCACUGGCAUCCCUUCAAAGAUUUCUACGUUCAUGUCAUGUCAAAAGCUGGCUUUAUAUAAAGAGGCUGGAUCUCUGGACAGGUUCAGAAGAAUAUACGGGAAGCUUACCGAAUCCAAUCCAGUUCCUGUCGACGUUAAUAGCAAUUAUUUAGCAAUUGAUGCCACAGCUUCCCAGACCGAACACUUGGUUAUGAAUGCCAAGGCUGUUUUGCCCUAUCUUGAAGCGGAUCAAGAAAGGGAUGUCACAGAGUCACGCCUGGAUCUGAUGAAAGACCACAAAAGCCCAUUAACACUCUCCAUGUUCACCAAACACAAAUCUCUCUCCGCUCGGAGCAGUGGAAUAUCUUUGGCUGCCAAACUCUCUCAUUUAAAACACCAAAGGACAGAGGUUGCAACCAGGGAAUUUGUACAUCCUCCAGAGACUACUUCAAAUGCGGAUAUAUGUCCCCAGGACACUGUAGAAAACAAUGCUAUUCUAGACAUCAAUAAUGAAGAACACCACAAUAACACUGGCCGGAAUCGUGACUUCAUCCCGGGCUGCAGUACAAAUCCUCUGCCAGAUGAAAAGGAAGCGAAUAAUGUCACAGCAUCAUGUGAUUGGCUGCAUCACUAUGACGACGCUGUGGGGAAGCUGGUCUACAUCAACAAAGUGACAGGACUCAGUAAAUAUGAAGCACCCUCUGCUGAAGAGACACAAGUGUCUUGCACGUCAGAUGUCACCAACAUGGCAAUCAGUGUCAUCUCCAAAAAAGGGAUUGAGUACAGGUGUUACCCAUUUCAAAUGGAUCUAGUCUUGCCCUUCCUUCCCAAAUCCAAAGCAGGGAGAGUUCUUAGUUCAGGGCCUGACAAUAGAGGAGAUGACAUUCAGGACUCUAAUUCACUGUCCUCCCUGUACUCUGAGUGGACUAACCCUGUGUUUGCACGACCUCCUAUGGUUGGUGUGGACAUAUCAAGUGUGCAAGCUGAAGGACUGGCUGUGAAGAUCCAUAACAUCCUUUUUCCAUACCGCUUCUCCAAGGACAUGAUUCACUCAAUGAAGGUUAUUCAUCAAGUGGAUAAGAAGUUUCUUGCAUGUCUUAUCAACACACAAGACCAAGAUCCUGCGGCAUGCAGUGAAACUGAUGGGAACCUUUUAGUGUUAGUGGAUCAACACGCUGCGCAUGAGAGAGUUCGUCUUGAGAAUCUAGUUGCAGAUUCGUACGAGGAUGACCCAGGGGCACCGGGGGAGAGACGGCUAUGCUCAUCCACUGUAGCCCCACCACUGGAGGUCAGCGUGACAGAGGAGGAGCUGAGGCUGCUCAGGUCCUGCCGGCCAUCCUUGAGGGGCCUGGGUCUGGAGUUGCAGUUCUCGCAGAUAGGAGAUCCCCAGGUCCUGGUGGGGAAGGUGCCAAUGUGUUUCACAGAGAAGGAGAGCAAUGAACUCCGCCGGGGGAGGCGUUCUAUCAUCAAGCCCAUAGUGGAGGAGUACCUGCAAGAGCAGAUUGAGUUACUGCGUUCAACUGGCAGAGUGCGAGGGACAUUGCCUCUUACGGUACUUAAAGUCCUCGCUUCCCUUGCAUGUCAUGGUGCAAUCAAAUUCAAUGACCCCCUCAGUAAGGAGGAGUGUUGCAGCCUGGUAGGCGCUCUAUCUUCAUGCCAGCUGCCCUUCCAGUGUGCCCAUGGCCGCCCAUCCAUCGCCCCGCUGGUAGACGUUCUUCACUUGAAUGACCAAGAGGAACCACCUAGACCAAACCUCAGAAAACUGAGAAGAAUGUACAAAGCCUGGGAACUUUAUGGAAAUGAUUAAGUGUGCCAACAUUGUCAAAUGAUACAAGAUUCAUUUAAAAACAGGAUUUCCCUCAUUAAAUGAGACAAUUAUUGUAAUUGUUGGUCUUUCAAUGCCGUAUAGUCUUUAUAGCUAUAUGAAAGACACCCAGAGUGAAAGCCUUCUUAAUCAAAAACACAACCAUGUACCUGACAUACUGGGGACACUUUAUUUUUGCAUAACAAUAGCUGAAUGUGUGAUGGGAGGCUUUGUGCACUCACUAAAAAUUGUGUUUAUUUUCAUACAGUAUUGGUAGCAAUAUUGCAUGAGUAAAUCUCAAACCAAUGUAUUUCUAAUCAAAACAUAGUGCCUGAGAUGAGGCUAGUAAAAAACUGAAGUUGACUGAAAUAAAUUAAAAUUGUAUAGGGGGUCUACUACCCAACUUAUUUUCUCUCACAAAUUGCACACCAUUUCACCAAACGUCCUCAACAUGGUCCCCGCUUCGUAGAUGGCUUUACUCAAUCAGUUUCUUCGCCUUGAAGAAACGCCGUAGGUAGAAGACCUGCCACGUUGCCAGCCCAAUUAGACAGCACAUGGAGAAGAUACUGAAGUACAAGACACGCAUGUUGGUGGAUUCUGCAAGGUGAGGGAAAAUCUAUUUAACCGAGUAACGUGUCAGAUUAAAUAAACUAAGGUUUUACUCUUUUCACAAGACCAGGCAAAAAAGAUUGAAAAACAUAUAAAAGACAAUGAACAUUUUCUGGUUGAGUGAAAACAUGGACCGCAAAUAUGUUGCUUUGCACCUUAGUUUUUUCCCCCAUAGCACUUACCAUUUGUGUCCCUCAUUUCCUCUUCACGCUUCUUCAUGUAGGCAAAGUCAUUCACAAUGGACUCCGACAAGUCUUCGAGACGUCUUAGUUCAACUUCUAGGGGCUUCAGCUUCUCAACUUUUGCAAUCUGAAAAGAUCAUAAGAAUUAAAGUUGAGCGUACUGUGUCACAAAUGGACAUGAGUAUUCUCUCUUCCACCGAAACAUUGCACCAUACAGAAUAAAGCCCCGAUUGACCA